GAGCCUGAGCUCUCUAAAAACACCAUCGGCGCCGGGCUCCAAGCGUAGAAGCCUAGCUACCUCCUCAUCUACAGGGCUCCCUCCAUACAGAAGCAGGAAGCUUUUCGAUUUUCUACGCUUUUGGGUAACGGGUUUUGUAGAGAAACAGGAAAAAAGUGACCACUGUUGUUGGGUGAAAAGGGUAAGAUACUGAAGAGUAAUCUUGCUUCAUGGCGGACUCAAGUGCGCCACAGAGCCGAUCGAGGGACCUCGACAAGCUUCUCCUCCGGCCCGGUAAUCUCGUGUGGCCCACCUUCGAUCCUGGCGCGGAAUUGAGGGACGACCUGCAGCAGUAUGCGAGAGUAUUGGUGGUGGGGGCAGGCGGAUUAGGGUGUGAGCUGCUUAAGGACUUGGCUCUUUCAGGGUUUCGAAAUCUUGAUGUCAUAGACAUGGACCGUAUUGAGGUUACCAAUCUCAAUCGACAAUUUCUCUUCAGGCUUGAAGAUGUUGGUAAGCCAAAGGCUGAAGUGGCAGCAAAGCGUGUUAUGGAAAGAGUUGCUGGUGUGAAUAUUGUGCCACAUUUUUGCAGGAUUGAAGACAAAGACAUUGAGUUUUAUAGUAAUUUUAAUAUUAUUGCUCUUGGUCUUGAUUCCAUUGAGGCUCGAAGCUACAUAAAUGCUGUGGCUUGUAGUUUUCUUGAGUAUGAUUCUGAUGACAACCCACGAGAAGAAACAAUCAAACCCAUGGUAGAUGGUGGAACCGAAGGUUUCAAGGGCCAUGCAAGGGUGAUUGUGCCAGGGGUCACACCAUGCUUUGAAUGUACAAUCUGGCUUUUCCCUCCUCAAGUAAAGUUUCCUUUAUGCACUCUUGCAGAAACCCCUAGAACUGCAGCUCAUUGUAUUGAAUAUGCUCACUUAAUCAAAUGGGAUGAGGUUCAUAGUGGGAAAGCUUUUGAUCCAGAUCACCCUGAACACAUGAAGUGGGUUUAUGAUGAGGCUGUUAAGAGAGCUGAGCUUUUUGGUAUUCUAGGGGUUACCUAUUCCCUUACUCAGGGUGUUGUGAAAAACAUCAUUCCAGCCAUUGCUUCUACAAAUGCAAUUAUUUCAGCAGCAUGUGCCUUGGAGACCUUAAAGAUUGCAUCAGGAUGCAGCAAAACAUUAUCAAACUAUCUUACGUAUAAUGGUGUUGAAGGUGUUCACUCUAAAGUGACUGAAUUUGUCAAGGACAAGGACUGUCUUGUAUGUGGUCCAGGCAUUCUCAUUGAGCUGGAUACUUCAGUCACCUUACAAAAGUUCAUGGAUAUGCUUGAGGAGAAUCCUAAGCUGCUUCUAUCGAAAGCAAGUAUCACACACCAUGGGAAGAAUCUAUACAUGCAGGCACCUCCAGUUCUGGAAGAGAUGACCCGAGCAAACCUAUGCGUUCCACUCUAUGAAUUGAUGGGUAGAGUCACAAAGGACAUCCUUCAUGCCACUGGUACAAUCAACAAGGACAACAAGAAAACCUCUGGUCUGAGAAAAUUGCGCAUUGUUUUCAAGGGAAUUGAUGGUGUGACUGACAUGGAUAUGGCUGGUGGUGCAUGAUCAAUCGGUACAGUACAAGUUUCGAAUCUCUCUUAUUCUCUCAAAAAUCUUCAUAGCAUACAAUGUCAAUUGGUAAAGGGAGGUUGAAUGUCUUUUUAUCCCACGUAACAUUUUUCCGUGGAUGUUCCUUUGGAGAACAUUUCAAGAUGUGAAAGUUGUUGUCAAGAUAGAAUUGAUAUUUCCAAUUUACCUAGUGAGUUCCAUUUUCUCAGUAUUUCCGAAAUUUGAAAAAAAAAAAAAAAGAGGGAAGGAAGAAGAGAAAGGAUGGAGCUUAAAACAAGAUUUACCUAGGGAGUUAGUGACUUGCUAUGUUUGGUACAACUGGUGGGAAGUCUUUUGGAUUUCAGAAGCUCCAAAAGCUCCAGUUGCACUGGACACUACAAUUUGUGAAAAUGUUACAAUUUCUAAUAAGUUAAUAUUUUGUUC